CUGGAAGGAGGAGCGACCCGGUGAGCUCAGCCGGACUGUCACUUCCCUGCUACCCGCGGCUAACGGAACCGCGCUUCUGUCCCGUUAACUGCGAACCGAGACAGUGAAUCAAAUGCCUACAUGAUCCAGUUAACCUCACAACGAGAUACACGGUGUUCAGUUUACACAAGAAGUGAGCCAUGGCUGAACAGAAUUCCUCCCGCCCCCAGAGGAAGAUGUCCACCUCCGGGGAGAGUGUGUACAAGGUGCUAGGCCUCGAGAAAGGAGCUUCUGCAGAGGAAAUCAAAAAAGCAUACAGGAAACUCGCUCUGAAGUACCACCCAGACAAGAACCCCGACAACCCCGAAGCAGCGGAGAAGUUUAAGGAAAUCAACAACGCCAACUCGAUUUUAAAUGACGAGAACAAGAGGAAGAUUUAUGACGAGUAUGGCUCCAUGGGGCUUUACGUGUCCGAGCAGUUCGGAGAGGAAAGCGUCAAAUAUUACUUCCUCAUGUCCAAAUGGUGGUUUAAGAGUCUGGUGCUGUGCUGUACAGUUUUCACCUGCUGCUGCUGUUGCUGCUGCUGCUGUUUCUGCUGCGGGAAGUGCAAACCUCCCGAUGACGAAGAAAGCUACCAGUACGUUGACCCGGAGGACCUGGAGGCCCAGAUCAAAGCGGACCAGGACGGAGGUACUACUGUAAUUAUAAUCCAGCCCACUUCUAAUCUGGGUCCAGAGACCCCAGAAGACCAGAGUAAGCCCAUCCCCCUGCCCAUGCCUCCACCUGAGCCCCGGUCUCCAAGUUCGGCUAACCCAGCAGGAACGUUACCGUGCAAAUAACGCUCCACCAGCAGAAGCAGGAAGCCUUUUGAGGCCCUUCUACCAUCCACAGCUGGGAGCGCCCCAGAGAAAAACCAGCCCAAAGUUACCAGCCAACCCAGACCCCCUGCUCACUCCAGUUCCACGUCAGAUCUACCUGAUGUACCCGGGAACACCUGUGAGGUCUAAAUUUCCUCCUGUUGUCUCCAUGGAUCCACCUGGAGAAAAGGCUCCCUCUCUUUAUCCAUUUUUGGAAAUGUCCAUUAACAGCUGGAUGUUCUCCCCCGGAAAGUCCAAAACCUCGACCUCAUCUCAUUUUUUCUCUGAUCAGAGGGGCAAAAAAAGAAAAACGUGAGGAACAGCAUGACAAGAUUUGUCCCACAUUCCUUUGUCUUGAUCAUCAGCAGGAUCUUCUUCCACAUCAGCUCGUUUCCAUUAGCGCGAGCCGAGAGGGCUG